AUGGGAUGGCCACUUCAACCACCAGUGUUUCUGCCAAUUACCCCACCUGCACCCCCUGCGAACACCGAGUUAGAUGCCAUUCGUUCCAUCAUUCAAGAAGGUGAAAAAGUGUUGGAUAAGUUGCAGAAGCAGGAGGAAACCUUGGCACAGGAAGUGACUCUGAGAGCCAAAGAUCUCUGUGAUAAGGAGUUCAAGCUCCCAUACCAGAAGCCAAUGUCGUGUUUUGUUGAGAUUGAUGCUUGCAAGGCAUGCUACAAGGAGAAUGUUAAGAAUCCCUUGAAAUGUGGGCAUCUGAUACAAAUUUUUGCUGAAUGUGCUCGUAGAGUUAGACAGCAAGUGAGUUCAGCAGAUAAAUCGUAG